GCAGGAACGAGGCCAUGGCGACUCGGCUGCACUCGAUGCCCGUGUCGACGGUUCCAUCGUCGGCCAGCCCCGCGCCGUUCCUUGUCACACUACGCAUCAUGCUCGAGUCAGAGAACCCCGACGUGCUGCGGUGGACGCCCGAUAGCAAAGCAUUCCAAGUGCUUGACCUGGCGCGGUUCUCCCACUCCGUCUUGCCCAAGUACUUCAAGCACCGCAAGUACGCCAGUUUCCAGCGACAACUCAACUACUUUCACUUUAAAAAGUGGACCAAGCGCCAGUCCAAAGUGUGCACGUUCUCGAACAUUCACUUUUGCCGUCAUGACCCCGCCCUCGCCAUGCUCAUCACGCGGAAACGAAGCUCCACCAACGGCAGUACUCACAACGCCAGCCUUGCCGCUUUUUCAAGCAGUCGGAGCAGCCGCACGUCCAGCGACAUGAACGAUGACCUAGACGUGUUGUUGGACUUCAACCUCCUCGCGCAUUGCUUACCGCCCGUGGCAUUGGAUUUGGAGGUUUGGUGGUGACCGCCACCCUCGAAACAACUACAAACUUUAUACACAUUGGACUGCCUUGGCUUGACCAAACAGUGCAGAGGCCGCCAGCGACCUCCACUACAGUACUGCACUACACCACUGGCCAGGAGCACUACCACCCAUGGAGGAGGGUAUGGGG